UUGAUAUUAUUGGACCUACCACGGACUGUUUGGCAGGUUUACUUUGCUUUAUCAGGUUAGUCAAGAGAGCUUGCCAGCUGUAGUGACAGGUCUGUGCGACUGUCUUUAUCAAAUAAAAAAAUAUAAUAUGCGCUUAUUGCCGUGUAUGAAAGGAUAUAAUGAAGAAGAAUAUAAUUCUAAACAGAUCGAUAGAGAAAUCAAGCAGUGGAUCCGAUCAUAUAACGAGGCCAUUAAGCUGCUUUUGCUGGGAACGGGAGAGAGUGGUAAGACCACUAUAUUGAAACAAAUGAGGAUACUGCACGUGAAGGGAUUCACUGCCAGCGAAAGGUCGCAAAAAGUUCUCAACAUAAGACGGAAUACCCACGAUGCGAUAUACGAGAUCGUACGUAACAUGUCCACUUUGAGCAUUGCGUUGCAGUACCCUAGAAAUGUACGAUCACAACAGUACGUUUUGAAAAUUGGUGCCGACGGACCCUCGGAAUAUACAGAGGAUUAUUUCGAUCACGUCAGAGCACUAUGGAAAGAUGCAGGAAUCAGAGAUUGUUUUAAAAGGUCGAAUGAAUACCAACUGAUAGACAGUGCAGAAUAUUUUUUAGACCGUUUGGAUCUGAUAGCUAAAACGGAUUAUAUGCCUUCUGACGCAGAUAUAUUACGAUGUAGACAGAAAACAACAGGCAUUCAAAAAAUUGAGUUUAAAGUUAAGGUUCCAAAAUCAAUGCAUGGUGGUUUUCAAGAAUUUUGGAUGUUUGACGUUGGCGGUCAGAGGGGGGAAAGAAAAAAAUGGAUACAAGUUUUCGAAGGCAUUCACGCGAUUUGGUUCAUGGUGGCGUGCAGCGAUUUUGAUCAGACUCUCCGUGAAGACAACACUCAGAACCGCCUCAAAGAGUCGCUGAUAUUAUUUGAAGACGUAUGGCACAGCAGGUUCCUCAUCGAAGCCGGUUUAAUAGUAUUCCUCAACAAGCAGGACAUCCUGGAGAGCAAGAUAUCCCAGGGGCGCAGCAUCGCUGACUACUUCCCGGAGUUCACCAGGUUCGAUGCCCCGGGCGACGAGUACACGCGGACCAAGCUGUUUAUCAGGAGUUUGUUUGCUGAACUAACAAAAAAGAGAUGCGAACGCCGCAAAAUAACGGAACGCUUCGUAGUUCUAGAAGCCAGUAGAACGAGGGAGUGCUACUUCCACUUCACCACCGCCACAGACACGGACAACGUCAGGAUUGUGUUUCGGGACGUCCACCAGAUGAUACUGACUCACAUACUGGACAAUAUUGGCGUUUAUUAA